GAGCUCCAGGGUCAAUUGACCCAGAGGAGUGAGCCGUACCAUCGGCUACUAGAUAAGGGAGAGUCCAUUCUGCUGGCCAGAGGAGGGGAGGAUGCUGGACCUGGUACCACCCAGACCCAACAGAACCUGGCUAUGCUACAGAACAAGUGGGCCAGUCUCAAUGCCAAAAUGGAUGACAGAAGGGGUAAACUGGAGGAAGCUGUCUCAUUGGCGACAGGAUUCCAGACCUCCCUGCAGGACACCAUAAACUGGCUGACACAGGCAGAGCAGACUCUCAACAUGGCUCAGCCACCCAGCCUCAUUCUCGACACCGUCCUAUUCCAGAUAGAUGAGCACAAGGUGUUUGUGAAUGAGGUGAACACUCACAGAGAGCAGGUUCUGGCUCUGGAGAAAGCUGGCUCUCAGCUGCGGUUUGCCAGUCUCAAACAGGAUGUGGUUCUUAUCAAGAACCUGCUGCUCAGUGUACAGGCCCGCUGGGACAAACUGGUGCAGAGAUCACUAGACCGAGGACGCCACCUGGAUGAGGCCCGCAAGAGAGCCAAACAGUUUCAUGAGGCCUGGAGGAAACUGACAGACUGGUUGGAGGAAGCAGAGAGCAGGCUGGACUCUGAGCUGGAAAUCUCUAAUGAGCCUGACAAGAUUAAAGUCCAGCUGGCCAAACAUAAGGAUUUCCAGAAGUCUCUUGGCUCCAAGCAGCCGGUGUAUGACACGACAGUGCGCUCUGGGAAGGCCAUGAGAGACAAGGCCACACUGCCCGCGGAUACACAAAAACUGGACAACUUGUUGGGUGAGGUCCGUGACAAAUGGGACACAGUUUGUGGAAAGAGCGUGGAGAGGCAACACAAGUUGGAGGAAGCCCUCUUGUUCUCAGGUCAGUUUGCUGAGGCUCUCCAGGCACUUGUUGACUGGCUGUAUCGUGUGGAACCUCAGCUUGCAGAGGACCAGCCUGUCCAUGGAGAUCUGGAUCUUGUUUCCAACCUAAUGGAUUCCCAUAAGCUUAGCAACCGCUGGGAAACAGUCUGUGCCCUGUCCGUUUCCAAACAGACCCGGCUCCAACAGGCUCUCAAACAGGCAGAAGAGUUCCGCACAGCUGUUCAAAUGUUGCUAGAGUGGCUUUCGGAGGCGGAGCAAACAUUGCGUUUCCGGGGCGUCCUGCCAGAGGAGGUAGAGACUCUGCAGGCACUACUGCACACGCACCGGGAUUUCAUGCAGACGGUGGAGGAGAAGAGAGUGGAUGUGAAUAAGGCUGCUGGCAUGGGUGAAGCCAUCCUAGCUGUGUGCCACCCAGACUGCAUCACAACCAUCAAACACUGGAUCACCAUCAUUAGAGCUCGCUUUGAGGAGGUGCUGACGUGGGCCAAACAGCACGAGCAGCGCUUGGAGAUGGCUCUGACUGAAUUGCUCACCAAUGCUGCACUACUGGAGGAGCUGCUGUCAUGGCUACAGUGGGCAGAGACCACACUGGUGCAGCGUGAUACUGAACCACUCCCCCAGGACAUUACUCAACUGAAGACACUAAUCACAGAGCAUCAGAUGUUUAUGGAGGAAAUGACCCGAAAACAACCUGAUGUUGACAAAGUGACAAAGACAUACAAGAGGAAACCAGCAGAACAUCCCAGCAGCCUUUCAGACAGGAGAGGGGCCCAAAGCCAGAUCUAA